UCAGAGAAAAGGAUGCAAUCAGAGUACUCGAGAUUGGAGCUGGACUGGGUGGCAACUUUGAGCACAUCACCCGCACCGUCAAGUACACCAACGUCGAUCCAAAUGUGAAGCUUGCCUCGGCCUUUCUCAGGCAGCUCCAACAGAACCCCAAGGUUGAACUCGAACAGUGGAUUCAUGGAUACGGUGAAGACAUGAGUGAGCUGGCAAGUAGCCAUUUCGACGUCGUUAUGUUCACCUACCUCCUUUGCUCCGUAAAGAACCCGAGAGAAGUACUAGAAAAAGCCAAGCGGGUUAUGGUGAAAGGCGGUACCCUCAUCUUUCUGGAGCACGUAGCUUUUCAUCGUGGCACGUGGCAAAGGCUUGUUCAAAAUGCGGUAACUCCCCUGUGGACGAUAACGUGCUGCAACGGUCACCUGAAUAGAGACUCUGUUCAGCAAAUAGAAGAUGCUGGAUUCUCGCGUGUCAUGGCCUACUACAUUGAUGCAGACAUCGACGUUAUAUUGCGCCGUCAGGCGUAAGGAAUUGUCAUCUCAUAAUGAACGCAGGAUCAAGUUGUGAUGCUCGUCCACUGACUGCAACGCCGAUUGUAUACUACUAUUUUCUGGAAAUAUAUCUUACAGAGCGAAAUAAAAGCUUCUUUAGCA